GACGAUGUUAGCAGUUUGUGCUACUGGGGUUUUGCGUAGAGGAGGAUCAUAAACAGCUGAACAUUAUUCACAUCGAAAGAAAAAAAUCGAAGAAACAGAGUAUCCCCGUGGAGCGAAAGUACCGAUUGCUUGAAGAUUCGGAUUUGGAUUCUUGGACUUGGACCUCUCCAAAGUUUGAUCUCUCUCUAUUCAUUCGAUUCUGAGAUUCAGAGCUGAUUAAUGCAAGGACGGGAACGGAAGAGGGGAGGUCAAAGGAUUGCCUGGUACUCGCUAAUUCCAGUGGUAAUUCUAACUCCAGUUGCAGAGCGAAUAACCCCUGCUACUUAGAAGAAGAAGUGGUGGAGCGUUAAUUUUCUGCUCGGGAUAACGGGAGUGGUUGUGGUCUCUGUAAAUGGCGGAUCUAACUCUGGAGUUGCAGGAAGCCGGUUGGGAGGAAUUGAGGAAGGAGGCCAGAAAGAUCGAAGGGGAUCUCGAUGGCAAACUAUCUUCCUACGCCAAGCUCAGCGCAAUGUUCAACCAAGGAGGUUAUGCAGAAGCUGGGUCACCAACUUUUGGGUCCAGCAGAUCGUUCAAGUCUGUGGAUAUGGAGAUUCAAUCAUUACUUGAGAAGCUAAGUGAUACCAAUGAUGCAAUGAGUCGAUGUGCUGCAUCUGCCAUGCCUGCCACAUCAAUUACGCAGAAGCUAGCAAGGCACAGAGACAUACUUCAUGAGUUUGCACAGGAAUUCAGACGAAUCAAGGGAAACAUAAACUCCAUGAGGGAGCAUGCUGAGCUUCUCAGUUCUGUUCGUGAUGAUAUCAGUGAACACAAGAUCUCUGGGAACAUGUCACCCAAAAUGCAUAUUCUACGUGAGAGAGCUUCAAUACACGGAAGUAUAGUUAAUAUUGAUGAUGUCAUAAAUCAAGCUCAAAAUACAAGGGCAGUUUUGGGCUCCCAGCGGUCUUUGCUAGGAAAUGUUCAAGGGAAAGUUAAGCUACUGAGUGACAAGUUUCCAGUCAUCCGUGGCCUUCUUGGUGCCGUCAGAAAGAAGCGAUCUCAAGAUACCCUCAUCUUAUCUGGAGUCAUUGCAGUUUGCACAGUGUUUCUGAUUAUCUACUGGCUUUCAAAAUAGAAACAAGUAAAAGAUCAUGUAAAUAGGAGGAGAUGAGAGUGCCAUUUCAGCAGGAGUUUUGCUACAACAUGUUGCUUGAAGCAAGAUGAACAGAUGUAAAUAUGUAAUUGUGAUAUCAAUAUAUUUUAACACUCAAAUCAUCCAGAAUUGAAUUGGCCCUACAGGGUUAAUAAUUUUGAGCAUUUCCGUUCUCUAAUUCACAUCUAUACACAAUUUGUAUGUGGUUA